AUGUCGGAGAAUAGCUUCAACUCAAAGUAUUUGGACGAUGACGAUGAGGACGAUGCGAUUGCUGCCUCUGAGGGCAAAGUUUCGAGCCAGGUGGCCAAGCGCAUCUGGCAGCCAACCAUCGAUGAUACUACCCCUGGGGUCUGGGAGCCGCCCGCUCUAGCGGUGAGCGGGACCGCCUCGGACUUUAUACACGAAGUGAUGCGCUCUCUCUACGGCGACAACAGCAAGGAUCCGGAGAACGGCUCCGCCCAGUACUUCAAGGCGGCCGAGAAUUAUGCGCUGUUUGGCGCCAACUACAUGGGCUUGGAGGAGGACAAGAACAAAAAACCGCCGCCGGGCUUCGACCAAAGCUCCAGUCAGAUUGCGGCUGGAUCGGCCGGAGUAUCCGGCCAAAGCUUCUCGGGGCAUUUCUGGUCAAAAGACCAGUCCAACGCCUUCCUCUUCGAGGAGGACGUGCGGCAGCUGGCCGUCGGCUGGACCCACAAUGCGGCGCUGCUCCGCAACAACGAGAUCCUCAUGUGGGGCCGCAACUGCUACGGACAGCUGGGCACGGGCUCGAUCAGCGAGCAGCAGGCGGUGCCCCAGCCACUGAGCCUCCGACUGCCCGACGGCCAGACGCCUGCUCGCGUGCACAUGGGGGCAGAGCACGGCCUGCUGCGGACUACAGCCGGCGAGAUCUACACCUGGGGCUGGAACGAGCACGGAAACUGUGGCAACAACAGUACAGAGAAUGUGUAA